AUGAUUUCCUAAUCAGAAAUAGAAUCAAUCAAUAAGUAUUUGUUGGAAGCAACUGGGACAUUGGAUAAUAUAUAGAAAACAUUUAUUAAAAAAUUUGAAUCAGAACAAAAUCCUUAUCCCUAUUUUUAUUAAGGAUUAUGUGAUAAUGUAAUAAUAAAUAAAUUAAUUUAGAUAUUCACAAAAGGAUAAAGACUUCUUACUAUCUAUUUACUGUACAAUUCAGAAUUGAAAUCAUGUUUAUAAGAUAUUUAUAACUUUACAUUAAAUGAUUUUGAAAGAAAAUUUAUUUAAGAUCCAUAGAUUGUAUAUGAUUUUAUUAAGACAUAUAAGAUAGUAUGCUGCCAUUACAAUUAAGACCUUGCUUGAAGAAUAAGAUAAAUUUUCAUCUAAUGAUAGGCCAAACCCCAAAGAGUAAUCAAAUAAUUAAAUUGCUCAGAAUAAAAUGAGGAAUUGUAUUUCAUUAAAUAAUAAUAAUCCACCUUCGUAAAUAUUUGUCUAAUAAUAGAAAAUUAAGAUAAAAUUCUAAUAUUGAGUAAAUUCAAUAACAAAAUGGAUUUGAAAUUGAUUAUUUUAGACCUAUUCCAAAUAUUAUUUAAACUAGAUUUGAUUGGAUAGAUUAAUAAGACAUAUAAUAUUCAAUUUGGGAUUAUUCAUUAUAAAUAAAUUCAGAUAAAUUGAGUUAAAUAAAAGAAAUUAUUUAGAAGGCACAUAAUGAAUAAAUUUCAGAAUAUGAAUUGCAAGUAUUAAUUAAUAGUUUAAUUUUUAGUUAUUUUAAGAAUAUUUAAAGAAAGACAAUUACAAUUUUUUAAAGAAUAAUGGUUUAAUAAACUUUAAUUUAAGUGAAAUAAUUGAAAAGAACUUAAAUCUAGCAUUUUUUUUGUUUUCUAAAUAUUUUCCUAAUCCAGAAUUUCUAGAGUAAUAAUAUAUAAUUAUUAUAGACUUAUGGAUAACUUAGUAUAAAUAGAUGUAACACCAAAUGGAUUAGAAAUAAUGUGUAUGGUUGUUUAAUAAUUUCAUAUUCCUUAAGAAUAUUUAAAUUAUUAUAUUAAUUACUGCAUACAAUUUUGUUAGAAUAUUAAAGUUUCAUAUAUUAUUUAUAUGUAGGAAAAAGGAUAAUAGGUUAGAAUGAUUAAGUAUUUUACUAUUUUUCUGAAACAUUUGAUCAAUAAGAAACUUUAUAAGACUUCAGAUUUAGUAACAGAAGUAACUAAUUUAUAAUUAUCAUUAAGUUAUAAGCAUUUUCAAUAGAAUUUUCAAAUAUAGGAGAAACUUCAAGUCUAUUCAAAUUAAUCAAGAGUGAUUUAUCAUUAUGA